GGCGGGGCCGCGGUUGCCGGGGCGACACCGGCGGCGGCUGAGCUUUAUCAGCGAUGAGAAGUAGCAGCAGCCCUUAGCAAUGGGUGAUGUUUUAGCAUAUGAGGCUGAGUUACUUGGACUAGUGAAAGAGUAUUUAGAUUUUGCCGGAUUUCAAGAAACAGUGAAAGUAUUUAAAAAGGAAUGUAAAAUAAAAGGGAAGCCACUACCUAAACCAGCAAAAGUUUCCUCAGAAGAUUCAUUGCCUGUUCAGGAAGAAAUGCUUACAGCAUUUGAAGAUGGUGAUCAGAAAGUUUUCUUCCAGCUCUGGGAGGAGCAUAUUUUGUCUUCACUCCAUGACAGUGAUCCAGCUGCUCAGAACCUGGAGUUCUAUCUCCACAUCUACUUUGCCACCUUCCUCUUGAAACAAACUAUGGGAAAGCCUGACAAAGCUGAACUUGAUGAAAGGAUUUCUUAUUUCAAGGCAUACUUGGAAACAAAAGGAGCUGCACUGAGCCAGACUACAGAGUUUCUUCCCUUCUAUGCUUUGCCAUUUGUUCCAAACCCCAUGGUACAUCCUUCCUUUAAAGAACUUUUCCAGGAUUCUUGGACACUGGAUUUAAGGACAAGACUGGAAACGUUCCUGUCUCUGGCUCUCAAAGCCAGACAGACUCCUCGGCUUCUCACUAUAUUUAAGGAGAGUGGACAGUGCAACAAAGAAAUGAUGCAACACCUUCACCAGCAGUUAGUGAAGCGUGAGCACAGGUACAUGACCAACCUGAAACGACUGCGCAAGCUGCAGAUGGACUACCGCGGUCUCCUUGAAGUCACUGCAGAGCUGGUGGAUUCUUUGGAGGCCACAGUCACUGGCAAGAUGAUUACACCAGAAUAUAUUCAAAAUGUUUGUGCUUGCUUGUUUAGCAAUCAUUUGAAACAAUCUGUAACACACAACAUUGACUUCACAAGGCCUGGAACUGGAUAUUACUCUAUGAGCCCUUGUGAUGACGGAUAUGCUUCCACACUGUUAAGAGCAUCUUUAUCCUCUAUGAAGGUGCAGGAUGUGCCACUGCUGCCCUCUCUGGAUUAUGAGAAGCUGAAGAAAGAUUUGAUUACAGGGAGUGAUCGUCUCAAGGCCCUCCUACUGCAGGCUCUGCGCUGGCGCUUGACAACAUCAUAUCCUGGUGAACAGAGAGACACUAUCAUGCAAGCCUACAUCAGUAAUGACCUCCUGGACUGCCACAGCAACUGUCAGAGAAGUGUCCUCCAAUUAUUAUAUUCUAAAAGUGAGGUAGUCAGACAGUAUAUGGCAAGGCUCAUCAAUGCUUUUGCUUCACUGAUAGAAGGUCGUGCCUACCUUUCUCAGAACCCAACCUUGCUGCAAAUGCUGGAGGACAGACUGAAAGCUGAAGACAAGGAUUCCCUUACAUGGGAGAAUGUUCUGGGGGCUCUGCAGAAAUUCAGCCUCAGGCGCACACUGCAGUCAGCAAUGAUCCAGGAUGGGCUCAUUUUCUGGCUGGUUGAUGUUCUAAUAGACCCAGAUUGCCUGUCUGAUUACAACCUGGAGUAUUGUGCUGCCUUACUCAUGAAUCUUUGUCUGAGGAGUGCAGGGAAGAAAAUAUGUGCAAGUAUCCCAAACGCCAUGCUCAGAGUUCUUUCUGGUCUUCUUGACCAUGAGAAUCCUAAGGUCCAGUCAUAUGUGAAUGGAGUACUGUACAGUAUUCUGGCCAUCCCUUCUGUCCGAGAAGAAGCCAGAGAAAUGGGGAUGGAAGAAAUUCUGCGCUGCUUUAUCAAGGAAAGAAAUGAAGAGAUGGUUCGACAGAUGGAAUUUGUUAUCAAGCAACUCAAUUCAGAAGAGCCAUUCAAUGACAAUAUUGUGUCUGAUGAUGAUGAGGAAGAGGAGUAUGAGGAAGAGGACAAUGACAUCCUGGAGCCUGAUCUGGACAAAGAUGAGGUUUUGCUGCCUCAGCUGGGGGAGCUUUCAGGAGAGAAGCUGCUAACAACGGAGUACUUGGGAAUAAUGACUCACACUCCAAAAACUAAGAAGAAGCAAUUUGCUGGUGUCCAUCAGAGUAUAGAUGAGCCACUCCAGAGACCUGUGACACCAGGUUAUCACAGACCUGCAUAUCUAAUGCCAGAAAAUGGUUCCAGUUCCUGUCACGACAGGGAUGAGAAGCUGCAGUCUCCAGCAAGUGGUGCCUCUUCCACUUGUGGUGGGAGACAGUCCAGCAUUUCUGACUUCUGCAUUUCCCCCUCAUCAAUUGAAAUGAAGUCAUCAGGCCAUAGAAUGGACCAAUGCAUCCCAGCUGGUGAUGCCUUGUCUUCUCAAUCUGCUGGCUUCACUGAGGACAAAGUAAAUGGUCCAUCACACAGUGACUUUGCCCUGGCUUUCACCAGCAAACCCAAGAUCCCGCGCACUCCUGACGGGCAGAGCAGCAGCCCCAGGAAGGGAAAGGUCCCAGCCAUUGCCCCCCAGUUCUCUCAGUCUGGACCCCAACAAGCAAGCCAUCCAAGCUCCUCAGGAUCUUCAAGGAGUAGACAGAGCAGCCAGUCCUACAGGAAGUGAGAACAGUUCCUUUCCUCGAGAAUCACCUGUCACAUUGCUGAAGGACAGAGCCAGCUUCCUGUAAUGAGCUUCACUGGUGACCUGCACAGGAGAGUGAGGCUGUUGGCACUGC